AAAGAAAGAAAAUAAUAAUAAUAAUAAAAACUCAGUGAGGGGAUCUUUGUUCAAUGCCUGCAGAGAGUUAGCUCUCAGUAAAUGUGAGUUAUGAAACUGAGAUAUAUAGUGACCUUAUAUAAUAGGAGUUGAUCAUAUCUUAGAAAAUUCCAUAAAAUUUCAUUUUCAGUCACAAAAAUAAUUUCAUGGGAUCUACCUGGAAGUCAUAAGCAUAAACUGGGUCUAGUAGCACAGAGAUAGUUGUAUGCUAUAAAGACCAAUUCUAGGUUAAGCUUUCUGUUUAAGCGUGUGGUAAACUGCAAGCUCCUUUUAGUUCUCGAAACUAAUAUCUUCAACGAAGUCAUAAGCUGAGCUUGGGUUGGGACCAAUGAUCUGGUCUUAUAAUGGAAUAUCAUAGGAACACAGGUUCAAGACAAAUGGCCAAUCAGCACUUAACUUUUGUCCUGUGCCUUUCUAGAUAAGGUCUAGAAGAUUCUUUUUCCUUAUUGAAUAUGACCUUUGAAUAAAUCUAGUUUUUAUCUUUCCCAGUGGAAUCAUUUUUCAUACAGAAUUCAAUUUGCUUCAAAUUUCUGUCUUUUCUGCUUAGGUUAAAAGAUGAGGCCAGGGCUCUGUGAAUGUUUUGUUGCUGAUAUCUGCUAUUUUUCACUCUCAGCUCCAUCAUAAAUUACAUUACGGUAGGCUUUGUCUUCUACUCCAUAAUUGAAAAGCAGGCCUAAGCCAGGUCUUUUUAACACAAUCUGUCAUAAAGUAUGCUGUUUGCCCAAGAACACAGGAGCAUCUAUGUUACAAGGGCAUGAUAGCAUCACUACAGGUCAUACCUUAAUUGCAGACAGAGCCAGGCAUGCCGGCCCAUCCUCGCCAUUCAAAAUGUCACUGGGCAGAAGAAUUGUCCUGUUUGUGUCACAGCCUUACCAGAGUCGUUGCCCACUGCUCAAGAGAAAGCCAAUACACUGAGACAGCAGGGGUUAUAGCAAAAAAGAGUUUAAUAUCACAGGUGCCAUACGAGGAGACGGAAUGAAGUUCUCAAUCCGUCUCCUCAAGAGUUUGGAGGAAAGGGUUUUUGAAGAUAGUUUGGCGGGCAAAGGGGUAGGCAGUUGGGUCUGCUGACUGGCUGGGUUCUGGGCCGAACCAUAGGGGUGAAGAAAUUGCCUUAUUUUGCUGAGUCAUUUCCUGGAUGGGGGCUGGUUAAGACCAGUUAAGUUAGUUCCUUGUUAUGGGUCACUGGUCUGGGUGGGUCAGCCAUUCUGCCUGGAAGAUAUCUCCAAAAGUAGCCUUAGGUUUCACAAGGGUGAUGUUAUCUAUGGGAUUAAUUAAGAAAGUUAAGAAUCUUUAUGACCCUGAGCUAUGUGACUCCUGAGCAGCAGGGAAAGCAAAGGAAGGGACACUGGCUGGUUAUAUGUAUGUAUUUUAACUAUGCCUGUUCCUUUGGAGAGUUGAGGCCACUACCACAGUUCCCACCUUGUGGCCCUUUAUUCAUUUUAUAAAGAGUAAUUUCCCUUGAACAUUCUAUGUGGGCUUGGACAAGUCCCUAAAUUCUUCUGGCUUUAAGACUUCCUAUCUUUGAACUAUGAUAUAAAUUAUCUCUAAAACCCCUUCUAACUCUCUCCUUUCUUUCAGCAGUGUUUUCCAAACUCUGUUUCUUGGAAAGUUAAUAGUUGUGUUCAGCAAGGGGGGUUCUCUGGUCAAAUAAAUUUAGGAAAUGCUUCUUACCCUAUUCAUCUCUUAGUUACAGGCGCACCUGCAUAUUAAUACAUAUUAAGUCCAUAUUUAAGAAACCUGCUUAACAAUGCUUCAUCAAGCAUUUCUCAAAUACAGGUGAAUAUGCAAUUUUAAGCAUUUUUAUUCAUUAGUUUUACUAACUGACAGUCACUUUCUUGUGAAGAGUUUUAGGAAAGAGUUUUAGGUUUGGGAAAGACUUCUGCUCUGGGUUUCUAAGAUGACUGAGUUAUAUAAGGUAAGGGACACACAGCAGUGCCCCUGAUUUUAAAAUGACACUGUAUAAGCAUGAUUUCUAUUGAAUUGGAAAAUGGUUGUGCAUUUUAAACCUUUUUUAAGCAGUUGGUUUCUUGAGUCUAAUAAAUCGCCAACCAAAUUAUCUCUGGUUCAAUUAACAGAAGUCAAAUUUGGAGGACUAUGAUUAGGAUGGAAUUACUUUCUUGGUUAACUGUUCAAAAAGUAAAAGUUUCAAUAUGAGAUUGGCUAUUUCUCUUCCAUCCCCGGGCCUGCCUCGUGAAAGGCAAGAAACCCAUGCAACGCAAGUUGCGUUUAAGCUAGACCCCUAUUUUAACCUCAAAAUAGCUACAGCACUACACUUGUUUCCUUCUUCCCCCUUUCAUUUAGAAUCAAAUAGGAAUAAUAAUUUGAUAUUUAGGGGAGUAGGAAAAACUAACCUCUGUUACAUUUUAAAUGAAGGCUAACAAGAAUAAAAAAUGCAACUAUCGGAGACUUCUAUUCCAUCCUUACGGUAAAAAAUCCCAAGAUACUAACAACAACAACAACAACAAAAAUCAUUUGGGCUGAAAUAUGGAAUCAAUGUCAUGAGAAUGCUAGGCAUUAGGCAUCAUCAGAUUUCAAUAAAUGCGACUGGCCUUUUGGCAGCAGCUAACCUGUGACAGUUAUGCAAGUGGCAAGCGUUUUAUCAAGGCGUGAUCCAGUUGCGAUUCUGUGUCUGGCGCCUGGUGCUGCAGCCAAGUCAGGGGGACGUUAUCAGAGUCCCCAAGUUCCAGGCAGUGGUGUGGAGGAGGGGCAGGGAGUGCAGCGUGAUCCAUGAGGAUGGCCACUCACCAGAGCCAUUUCCAAAUGAAACAAAAAGGCCACAGAGAUGGGGAAAAGAGUAAGCCGGGAAUCUUCACUUAAUCAAACUUUGGAUUUACCAAUGUGUUUCAAAUAGCCCUUUUUGCCCAGUGGAUAGAUUAUAGGCCUUAAUCUUGAUAUCUCAUAAUGGGUGCUGGGGGUUCCACCUUUAUUAGAGGAAUUAAUUGUUUUAUCCUUAUACUUAAUUAUGCCAAUUUCCUUCUGUCUCUUAGUCAAUGCAUGCAUCUGAUGCUGAGGUUAUUUGUCCUAAGUGUCUUUUCCCAUUUAAAUUGUGUCUUUAUAACUGUUCCAAUAUGCAAAAUCCCUGGUGUUCAAAAAUAACUGGGAGAAAAGUUGGAUUGUGGGUGGUGGAUAAUCCAGUCCAACAUCAGGGCAUUACUGACUCAUGGAAAAAAAUGCCUCUUUCCUGAGUCUUUCCUGGUGAGGUCAUUGUUUUCAGACAGUGUGUACCUAAUAUAAAAAAAUGCUCAAAGUCCAUGCUUCAUUUCAAACCAGUGCUUUGUCAGGAAACUGUUUCUAAAGCCAUAAUGAAUAACCAGGCUGGUAGUAAAAAAAAAGCCUCUUUGAGUUAUAGUAGGUUUUUUUUUUUGGAAUCCUAGUAUUUAAAAAAAUAAUAAAAAGCCCAUCUGGUGGAGAUGGUAAUUCAUUAAGGAAAAAGGAGGCAGAAGGCUUGGGAAAAUCAAUCAUUUUCUUUCUUAGUUUCAUGCAUUUGGAUUUCUGUGAAAUGACAGUGACCAAAAUCUGGAUUCUGGAUUGUGCAGAGUGGAGGAAAACCUUGGGAACAUUCUUGGCGUGUUUUAAUCGCGGCUUUCCAGAAAGAUGGUUUUCUGCGGGUGUGGCGUCAGGGAGCUGAUGGACGUGCUCUUACAAGUGGUUGUUCGAAGGGGCAGGAGAGACAGGGUGGGGAGAAGAAGGGCAUGAGGACUCUGUGCGUGAGGAAGGAGCUAGACUCACUCAGGAAACUCCUCAUUCUUCCUGAGCCGGCCGGCACACCCAGAGGGGGGCACACCCCUCCCUUGAGUCCAGUUCAGCCCACAAGCUCCUGGGGAGGAGAGCCAGGGCCCCAGCCUCUCCUUUGGGGAGCAGAGGCAGUCCUUCUGUGUGCCAGCCGCCUAGGGAAGAACAGCGGAAACCUUAGAGCUUUGUGCAUGUUAAUGACCUUGGCAAUGACUGAGCUUGCGGACCCUCAUCACAGCGUUGGAGACUGCAAAGUGGCCCACCCUCAGGACCCUCACCACCCAUCGGAGAAGCCUGUCAUUCACUGCCAUAAGUGUGGGGAGCCCUGCAAGGGUGAAGUGCUUCGGGUCCAGACCAAACAUUUCCACAUCAAAUGUUUCACCUGCAAAGUGUGUGGCUGCGACCUGGCCCAAGGGGGCUUCUUCAUCAAGAACGGAGAGUAUCUGUGCACGCUGGACUACCAGCGGAUGUACGGGACGCGCUGCCAUGGCUGCGGGGAGUUCGUGGAGGGCGAGGUGGUGACUGCGCUGGGCAAGACCUACCAUCCCAACUGCUUCGCUUGUACCAUCUGCAAGCGUCCGUUUCCACCCGGAGACCGAGUCACAUUCAAUGGGAGAGACUGCCUUUGUCAAUUCUGUGCACAGCCCAUGUCCUCCAGUCCUAAAGAAGCCACCUGCUCCAGCAACUGCGCCGGCUGCGGAAGAGACAUCAAGAACGGGCAGGCGCUGCUGGCGCUGGAUAAGCAGUGGCACUUGGGGUGCUUUAAAUGCAAGUCCUGCGGGAAGGUCCUCACCGGGGAGUACAUCAGCAAGGAUGGCGCCCCGUACUGCGAAAAGGACUACCAGGGCCUCUUCGGGGUGAAAUGUGAAGCGUGCCAGCAGUUCAUCACGGGGAAGGUCCUGGAGGCAGGUGACAAACAUUACCACCCCAGCUGUGCACGAUGCAGCAGAUGCAACCAGAUGUUCACAGAAGGAGAGGAAAUGUAUCUUCAAGGUUCCACCGUUUGGCAUCCCAACUGUAAGCAGUCGACCAAGACAGAGGAAAAGCUGCGGCUGCCAAAAACGCAUCGAUCUUCAUCCGAUUUCUUUUAUCCCAAAAGUCUGAUUCGACGCACAGGACGAUCUCCUUCCUUGCAGCCCACCAGGACUUCCUCCGAAAGUAUUUAUUCUAGACCCGGCUCCAGUAUCCCUGGCUCCCCAGGCCAUACAAUCUAUGCAAAAGUAGACAAUGAAAUCCUGGAUUACAAGGAUUUAGCAGCCAUUCCCAAGGUCAAGGCAAUUUAUGAUAUUGAACGUCCAGAUCUCAUUACCUAUGAGCACUUCUACUCUUCGGGCUAUGAUGACAAACAGGAGAGACAAAGCCUUGGAGAGUCUCCAAGGACUUUGUCUCCUACUCCAUCAGCAGAAGGGUACCAGGACGUUCGGGAUCGGAUGAUCCACCGGUCCACAAGCCAGGGCUCCAUCAACUCCCCUGUGUACAGCCGCCACAGUUACACUCCGACCACGUCCCGCUCUCCCCAGCACUUCCACAGACCCGAGCUUUUGUCUCCUGGUGUGCAGAGGUUGUCCAACCUGCGCACCAGCAGCCUCAGCCCCACACACAGCGACUCCCGCCCCAACCCCCCCUUCCGACACCACUUCAUUCCCCAUAUCAAAGGCAAUGAGCCGUCCAGCGGCAGGAACUCCCCUCUCCCUUACCGGCCCGACCGCCCUCUAACUCCAACUUACGCUCAGGCCCCUAAACAUUUCCAUGUUCCAGAUCAAGGGAUCAACAUUUACCGAAAACCACCCAUCUACAAACAGCAUGAUGCAGCUGCCUUGGCAGCCCAGAGCAAGUCUUCAGAAGAUAUCAUCAAGUUUUCCAAGUUCCCAGCAGCCCAGGCUCCAGACCCCAGCGAGACUCCAAAGAUUGAGACGGACCACUGGCCUGGUCCCCCCUCACUUGCCGUAGGAACUGACAUGAGACGCAGAUCUAGUGGCAGAGAGGAAGAUGAUGAGGAACUUCUGAGACGCCGGCAGCUUCAAGAAGAGCAAUUAAUGAAGCUUAACUCUGGCCUGGGGCAGUUGAUAUUGAAAGAAGAGAUGGAGAACCGGGAAAGGUCAUUGCUGUCAGCCAGUCGCUAUGACUCUCCCAUCCACUCAGCUUCACAUAUUCCAUCAUCUAAAACCUCGUCUCUCCCUGGCUAUGGAAAAAAUGGGCUUCACCGGCCUGUUUCUACAGACUUUGCUCAGUAUAACAGCUAUGGAGACGUCAGCGGGGGAGUGCGAGACUACCAGACCCUCCCGGAUGGCCACAUGCCUGCAAUGAGAAUGGACAGAGGAGUGUCUAUGCCCAACAUGUUGGAACCAAAGAUAUUUCCAUAUGAAAUGCUCAUGGUGACCAACAGAGGGCGCAACAAAAUCCUACGAGACGUGGACAGAACCAGGCUGGAGCGCCACUUAGCCCCUGAAGUGUUUCGGGAUAUCUUUGGAAUGUCCAUACAGGAGUUUGACAGAUUACCUCUUUGGAGACGCAACGACAUGAAGAAAAGAGCAAAACUCUUCUAAGUCCCACACAUAAAUGGCAAUUAGAAAAAGGACUGACAAUGGCGGUGAUGCAUAAUAGGAUGUCGUAUGGAGGCCAAACUUGAUUGGAGAAUUUGCAAACUACUGGCCCUCAGCAACACCAAAAAGGGAAAAUCUGGUUAAAACACCCGAGAGUCCAAUAUUGGGCCAACCAACAGUAAUACUUGCCAAGAAGCAAUGGGGUAGAAAUUUCUAUGUUCCCAAACUCUGCAGUGGUGUCCACAUGUGACCUUUUACAUUACUUUAUGUACACAACAGGAGCUCCUUUUCUUCCUCUUUUAUUUUUGUUUAACUGUUGUCCAACAAUAGCAGUGACUGUAUGGAUAAGCCAGCAAGUGCCCUUAGGAUGCCGCAUGGGAAAAAUCAGUUGUGAUAAUUCCAGAGCGUGAAUAUAUUUAUUCUACAGCACUAUGGCUGCGAAGGAAGAGCUCGAGGGACAUGUCCAUGUGGUAGCAGCAGUUUUGCACUCGCCCUUCCUAGCUGGCCUCGCGCAGCUCUGCCCGCGCUCUGCGGGAAUGGAAACCCAUCAGGGAACCAGGCAGCUCUGCUGGAGUGAGCUGAAACAUCAGCAAAAGUAAUUUUUAACAAGCUCCUUGUUCUCUUCUGUUUGCUAAGAACCUGGUUGGCAAAUUGCUUAGCUGUUAUUUUUUAAAAAUUAUUUAAAGAGAAAGAGAAGGAAAAAGAAUGAAAGGGAAUCCUCCCUUACCUCUUUCUGCUCCAGGUAGCUUGAUUCUUGCUCCCCACCCGGGACAGGAGCUGUCUUGGGCUCCACCUUUGCAAAGAAAGGAAAGUCAGAAAUUGUCUCCUGAUUGGCCAGUUGCAUGCUGUUGGUGAUUUUGCCCAGAGGCCGUAUCACUUUUGGCAAAAAAAAAAAAAAAAAAAAGUUUAUGUCCUACCAGUGCAAGUUCUUCCACUCAGUGUCCUCUGCCCUCUAUCUGGCAUCCUUUGAAUCAGAUCAAGCCCUCACUGAUUUUGCUUUUAAGCUUUUAUCAGUAACCGGCUAAGGAAAAAUACAUUCUUCUCUCUUAAAUCUCUGCAACUCCAAAGUAGAUUCCCUCAAAUGGAUUUAAUUUGGCCUUUUCAGGGUUCCUUCUUGCCUAGUACUGUUGACUUCAGAGAGAGAGAGAGAGAGAGAAAGAGAGAGAGAGAGAGAGAGAGUGUGUGUGUGUGUGUGUGUGUGUGUGUGUGUAACUCACCCAGGGGAGCUUUGUGAGUCUGCAUGUACUUCUUAAUUUCCGCUUGAAUGUCUGUCCCAUUGUGCUGCAGUUUCUGUGGGACAUUUGCACAAGCGCAUGUGACUGGAAGAUCAAGAGCGAGGCUAACCCGCACCCCAGCAUGGCGGCCUUCUUGGCAGGGUGUUGGUGCUUAGAAGCCACGUGCAGAUGCGGCUCACGGCAGGAUCAGACUGGGUGUGGAGACCUCAGAGCUAGGAUCAGGCUGGGUGUGGAGGUCAGAACAGCUCACCAGCGCCCUCACAUUCUCCAACACCAGAUUCCGGUUUGAGCCUAGGGUUUCACCAACGUGUGUGUAGAGCCCCGUCGUGAUUUCUGACGUGAGUUAGAUGGGGGAGAGUUUCUGCACCUCCACACACAGGAAGCUAAAUCCUAUUCUCAUGCUCUGAGUCUCUGCUUCAGAAUUUAAGCUCUGUUUUAAAGCCAAAGAAGAAAGCAUUUGAGUUCUCCUCCAUUGGCCACUGAGAACAAAAGCUCAGACGUUCUUCCUACUGGCCCCAAGUGUUAGGAUUACUGGCUGUCUCUCUGACACCAGUGGUAAAAAGCAAGUAGCAUCGUUUCUGGCUUGUGACACAAGUCUGUCACUUGGGUGCUGGAGUGAACACUCUAGUUUUGUAGUAUCCUCCCGUGCUCUUACUGAAGGAAUCUAUAUUUGCUCUCACUGCUAUGCACUGAAUGUGUGAGGACUGCUCUCACAAAUACGUGCGUGUGCGUGUGCGUGUGUGUGUGUGUGUUGGACCUACUAACACGUCUAGCAAAUGACCCUGACGAGGUGGCCUGAGCAGACGAGCCCAGCUCAGGUGGUUUUGUUUUUUUUAAAAAGUUGCUAUGUCUUGGUCUACAUAAAGAGGACAUGGCUCUGUCAUGGAAUGGGGACAUUAGACUGAAAAAAAGAGGCACCCGCUCCUUUAUGUUACAGAGACCCAGAGUUAAGGGGCCUGCCUAAGACUGCAAUGAUAGUUAAAGAACUGAACCCUAAAUCUGCCCCACUAAUGAAAUCUGGCUUUUCUUGUAUCUUUUGAACCAAAGAUUCUUUUUCCCUUCCACUUGAAGGGAAAAAGAAUUCCUUUCGACAUCAAGUAUCAUGUUAGUUAAUUUAAACUGCACCACGCAGAAACGCACUGCCAGGAAACACCAGCGGCCUCUGGUCUGCAAGCAGAGUAGUGCUCGGCCUUGGAAGGGGUCGCUGAACACCACAAUGCGGGGUGGCCCCCUCCUCUGUUUCCCAGCAGAUGGUUCCAGCUGGAAGGGUAGGUCAUGGGGCAUCUGGUUCUCCUCAUUGCCAAACCUAACGUAUGAAUUACGGUGUUCUACCAGUUCUGUUCAACUGGGCUCGGCGUGCUUGUUCUCAAACUGUCCAAGCCACAGUUCAGGAGAUGGAUGUUCUCUGCUUUACCCCUGCCUUGUACAACACAUGAAAGUUGUACUCGUUCACACACUCAGAUUAAUGGAGCUUGUUCACCCUAGGAAAGGAAUUAUAUACAUGGCAGGCUUCCCUGGUGCAUAUAUAAAGGGCUACAUUUUUGAGCAUUUGACUUACGUGUGACUCUAAGUGCAUACUGAUUGCAUGACUAUGUGAAAGGCAGUGCUUCCUUUAAAAUUUCUUCCAGAAAAAUCCAGGCUAUCAUGUAGUCUUCCUGCGUGAUUUAUUAGGAGAUAUGAAGAGCAUUUGGAAACUUGUACAGCUAGCUAUGCAUCUACAUUUUGGUUUGGUGGUUAGUCUGAAAUGUUCUUAAUAUGACUUCUUCAAUAACUAAACAUAAGCACCCUGUUCUUUGAAACCUCAGAGAGGAAAACUAGAGUUAAUGGGUUAAAAAAAAAACGAGGGUAGUUUUCUAUCUGUCAUGUCCUUCCAUCUCCACCCCCUCCCCCCUCAAUUCUGUCCUCGCCCAGCUGAGUGUCCUCUUCUGAGGCAGAGACUGGAGCAGUUUUCUUUUUCAACUCUCAUCUCUCCACCCCAAACUGGCAUAUCAAUCAACUCUAACUUGGAGAAGUCUAGCUGGUAAUAUUUCUAAAACUUUCACUGAAUUUCUUUACACUUUGAAGCAAACAUCUUUUUCUAAGAAUUGCUUCUUGGAUGAUUAUAUAAAAUAUAUAUAUGCUUUUGCAAGUUUGAAAAAUUCAAAUUAAUGACUUUUGACUAGAUAAGUCCUUCUAAAAACCAUCUCAAGCAAACUUGGUGUUGGUGUCCUCUGGCAUGUUGUAGGGACAGGUGACCACUCCAGGGUGUGUCUCACAGAGCCUUUUUCCGACUGUCACAUAAGACGGUGGAAGGAGAAUGAACUGUCUCAUCAGCCUUUCUGUGUCCUCAAGCAAGCUCGGUUUUUAUAAAUCACCACUUCUGUAUUUCUGGUAGCUGAUUAAUUUGCUAUGCCGGUCCUGAUUUUAUUUGAUUUUUAAAAUUGCUUUCUUUUGAUGAACCAAGUGUUUGUCGGUAUGCCCUAAAACUUGCUCUUUCAUGCUUUUUUUCUGGGUGGAAGAACUCUCUAUCCAGAAAAAGAGAUGAUUUAGGGCUUGAGAUUUGCAGUGUUACCAACUUACAGUGAUGAUGUCCAAUAAGAGGAUUACCCAACUACAUUGUGAUAGGAGAGAGAGAAACCUUCACUUUGGCAUUUUGUUUUAAAAAAAAACAAAACUUAGCUAUCUUUAUUUUUCCAUUUGCUGCCCAGGAAGCAGUAGGAGAUGGCGACAGACACACUUUGCAUAUGGAUCGCUAUGUUUUUAUUUGGGCAAGUUUAAUUUAUGGCGAACUCAAGAAGAAAGGGGGAGGGGGUCCGUUUAAGCUGAAAGAAAACUUUCUAAACAAUGUAUGUGUACGCAGCAAAAUUAAACAAAUCCAACAUUUUCUGAAGCUUAGUGUAAUUGAGUGGCGGUUGUUAUCAUUAAAUAAAAUUCUUCCCAAAAUUGUGUCUCUCCCAAGACUGAAGUUCCCAUGAGUCACUUCCCGCACCCAUGGAUCAAAGGUGGAUGCAGACGGUCCUGCAGACACUGACAUUCAGAAAGAUGCGAGCCGCUCGCUGACUGUGUAUGCCGUGCACUCCUUGACCGUGCGGAAGAGGAGACCAUUGUCUGCAAAACUGAUGUUCUUUUUGGGUUUUAUGUACAGACUUGUCCAAUAACGUGUGUGGUUUCUGCGAGUGGCUGACGGCUCUGCAGCGAAGCUCUUGCAUUUUAAGUUGGGUUUAUGUUUUUUUUCCCCCAAAUGUUGGAAGGCCUGUGGCUCUUCCUGCCCUCUCCCCCCCCCCCGCCCCCCAGUUUCAGAGAUAUGAAAGCAAAUAUUUAGAAGAACUCCUUUCGAAAAGCUGUGUUGUGUUCCUUGUGAAACUGAGUGGGUAUGUGUCCACGCCCCGAGUGACACGUCUUGUGUGCAGAGGACGAGGUGGCCCGCCGGCUCCACGCUGCUGUGCUUACCGCCGCUGACCCGCUCCACGCCCCCGUCGCCAGCGGCACUGACUGCGCUCCUUCGCCACGACACCCCCGUCGCUGCUGUACUCGCAACCCGGUGAAUAAAGUGGUGUGCUUUAUUCAUAA